AUGGGCCGCCUCGAAAAGGUUUAUUUGAUGAAUGUUGCACUAUUUCUACACAACCGCCAUACACUCGAGUUCUUUUUAUGUGUUUCAAAGAGUUGUUGUGAAGCAUUUAAAAUGCUUCACAUCAACCCAACAUUCAAUGGGAAGAUGGUGAAGGGUGAUGUUUCAUUCUUUAUGAAGAUGCUUCCGAAGCUGGAGACAUUAGAAGCUCCGUUUGAGUGUUACAACUCCACUGUCCAAAAUUUCCGGUCUCUGACAUACUCAGAGACAUGUCCUAAACAAACACAUAACAUCAAAUUUGCAAAAAUUCAAAUCAAUACAACGUCUGUGGACGUCAUUGACAAAUUCCCUGAUAUAAGGGAGGCGUAUUUCAUGUUCAAUAUCUACACAGACCCAAUCCCCUUUAUUAACAGAAUAAUAACACUGAAAUUGGACAAAGUCCGCCUUGAAGGGAUCGAAGGAAAGAUGUACACAUCACUGAACACACUGUUAUCGACUCUGAAGAGUAAAACGAAGUGGAUUAUAGUGUAUAAGAAUAACAUUCCGAUCACUACAGACGAACCAAUAAAAGGGAAUGUGGUCAAUUGCUCCGAGACGCAAUUUGGGUAUAACUUGAUCUUCCUUGCACGUCGGAUCUCUUCAGUGUUUGAUGACAAUUUGUAUCGAAAGUACUUGGUCCCCACCGUCAAGUUUGAAAAGAACGAGAAAGUACCCAACUCCGUGUUGUUGUUCUCGUGCGCAAUAGAACUCAACAAAAUGGAGACGGAUAACAUCUUCCAAACUAUCAGCGGCUUCUCCUUCCUCACUGAAGUCGAAGUCAAGAAUUCGACCAUCAAAAACUUUGUCUUCCCUGAGACUCUCACUAAACUCAGAAUCAUUUUUAGUCAGUCGACUAACAUCACUAUCCCAAAGAACUUGAAGAGUUUGUAUGUCUUCGGUGGGACCAUCCAAAUUGCAAACACAAAGACGUUUGCUCAACUUGAAGAACUGAAACUGGUCGGUGACGCGAUAAAUGUCACAGCGUUUGAAUGGGACGCAAAUUGUUCAGUAAGCACGUUUGAUGUCGAGUACAAUAAUAAUCCUGGAAUUAAUAUCCCACCGUUUGCGACGGAAGUCUGUUUGUUGAACUGCGACGGAGUGGCACAAAUCACAGUACCAAAGAGUGUGUUUAAACUCACCAUUGGGUAUUGCGCUAAUUUGAAGAACAUCAAUUACCAAAACAAAGAGAAUGUCAGAGAAAGUCUAAUUGUCUCGUCACCAGACUUCCCAGAACCCGUGGCAAAGUCCGUGUCAGACGGUUCAAAGUGUGUAGUCGUUUAG